UAGAGUCUAUAGACCUAUUCUAAGGUGUGUCAAAAGAGGUGCAAAAUGUCCCUUUUAACUAAUUAAUCUUAGGUAAAUGUUCAGUAGUGAUUUUUCUCGUGUUGAGGGCUGAGUGUAUUGAUCAGGGUUAGAGGUCGGUCAGUCUGAGGGUUAUAUAACUCAGCAGUGCAGGUUUAGGAUCGGAUCUCACUGGUGAAAUCCAGUAAACUGAGUUGAAACCCCGGGGGCGUGGUUCAGUCCCGGCGGCUCUCCGCCCGUUUAAUCCGGCGCUGCUGCAGAACCGCUGCAGAACCGCUGGACUCCGGUAAUAAAUAAACCCAAACUCAUGAUGGCGAAGCUGGACCGGACCUCUCCGCCGAAAGCGCCUCCCAUGGCGGACUCGGAGUCGGACUCGGACCCGGAGGACUGCUGCCAGUGCGCCGGGGCGGUGUGGACCCCCGCCACCCGGGCUCAGGUCAUCCACAGCGGCCACUUCAUGGUCUCCUCCCCGCACAGCGACUCCCUGGCGCGGCGGCGCAGGAGCGGAGCCCCGGCGGACUACGACUUCGACAGCGUGAGCAAACCGGGCUGCCACACCUACAGCUUCGGCCCGUUCAGCUCCCGCAGACUCAGCAUAGACCCCACACUCACUCACCUGUUCGAGUGCAUGACCCUGGCCUACAGUGGGAAGAUAGUGUCCCCUAAGUGGAAGUCCUUCAAGGGCCUGAGGCUGCUGUGGAGGGAUAAAAUCCGCCUGAAUAACGGCAUCUGGAGAGCCUGGUUCAUUCAGUAUGUGGAGAAAAGGAAAAACCCUGUGUGUGGGUUCAUCACGCCCUUGGAGGGAUCUGAAGCAGAUGCCCAUCGCAAACCUGAGGCGAUCGUGUUGGAGGGAAGCUACUGGAAGAGACGGAUAGAAGUGGUGAUUAAAGAAUAUCAUAAAUGGAGGAUUUACUACAAGAAGAGGAAACACAAAGAUCUGAUGCCUGUUCUUCAGAAGGCACCUAGCCUCAGGACGGGUCUGGAGAAAUGGUCGGAUCAGAUGUACCCUGAACCCGAAGUGAUGCCAGAGGAGGUGCCCAUGUUUGACCUGGACUGCUUCCUCUCGGAUAUUUCAGACACACUCUUCACCAUGACCCAGAAGCCCUGCCCGUGGUCUGGAGACCGCCACAACACCUACACGAGUAACGCAGACAUGAUCCAGCCUGGUUUAACUCCUCUUCAGCCCAACUUGGACGAUCUAAUGGACACUCCAGAUAUCUUUGUGAAUUACCGUGGUCAACCUCUGGAUCAGACUGACUACGCUGACUGUGGCUUCUUUGAGAGUUCAUCCAGCGCUCCGUUCUCCUCCAGCUCCUCUACUGUUUGUAGUACGCCUCUGAUGCACACAGGACCUCAGCUCACACAGCCCAGCUUGACAGCUGAAAGUCUGACACAGCCCUCCUCAUCCGUCAGUUUACCCAGCUCUGGUUACUUACGACAGCCUUUACCCACCGACAUGACCUUCGAUACCGGCACCAUGACCUCCGACCCCAAGUUCAAGGUGCACUCAGAGUACAGCCCCCCCGGCGAGUACCCUCACUCCCUCUGCCUCCCCCCCAGCAUGGACUCGUACGGGCAGCAGCAGUCCUACAGCGGCCCCGGCAUAGCCAUGACCACCGCACACAUGGCCUCCACCUCCAUGCCUCAGGACAACCCUUACCUGUAUCCAACCAGCUGUCUGAGAUACAGACACCCCUCAGCCAACCAAUCAGGGAGCAACAUCGCCGCCACCUCCACUGUCAUCACCCACACAGGAUCUGCUGUAAACGUCCUGCCGCAGGACUCUCUACAGGGCCAGGGAUACCCUAAUCUACCGGACAUCCUGCCUCAAAGCGCAUGCGUCUCUCUGGGCUACCAGCCGGUCAGCGUCGCCCCACCCCCAGCAGCAGCAGCCCUGCCUUCAUCUGGCCACGCCCACUGCUUCUCUGUGCCACAGCAGGUGGGCCGAGGGAAGCACAAGCAGAAGACUGGAGGUGCUAAAGCCUAUCCCACACAGGUAGCAGCAUCUACGACCCCGCCCUCACAGAGUAGCUGCCUGGCCAAGCUGCUCUCCACCAGCUCUCAAGAACGAAAACCAGCGCUGGGAUUUGAUGCACUGUUUGUUGGAUCAAAGGGCCACAGAUCCACUUCUCCCAUCUCCACACAGUCCACCAGCGGUAUGUCAGCAGGUCGAGGAGGAGCACAAGUAUCCCAGCAUCCUUCAUGGCCCCCAGCAGAGAUGGUAUCACUGGCCCCGCUGCAGACGCCCAUACUGUCCCAGUCUAGCUCCUCCCAGAGCUCCACCGUCACCUCCCUCCUCACACAAGUACCUCCUCUCCUCAUCCCCAAGACUGAGAAACUUUCACCCAUCCAGAUCCACGCCCCAGAGAGGACCAGCCUAACAGUGAGCUUUUCAGGACCCUUUGGCUCCACAUCCCCGACCCAUCCUCAAGAGAAAACCUCAGAGUCAUCACACACCUUAACCAAGACUGAGCCUAACAGGACAGACACACGCCGGAUCACACACAUAUCUGCUGAACAGAAGAGACGCUUCAACAUCAAACUGGGAUUCGACACCUUACACAGUCUGGUCACCACACUCAGCUCCCAGCCCAGUAUUAAGAUCAGUAAAGCCACCACUCUUCAGAAGACGGCGGAGUAUAUCAGUAAGAUGCAGCAGGAGAGAGCUCAGCUCCAUGAGGAGGCACAGAGACUACGAGAUGAGAUCCUGGCACUCAACUCUGCCAUCAAUGUGUGUCAGCAGCAGCUCCCCACUACAGGUGUCCCCAUCACCCGCCAGCGCUUUGAUCACAUGAGGGAGAAAUUCAGAGAAUACGUCAGGAUCCAGACUCUGCAGAACUGGAAGUUCUGGAUCUUCAGUGUGAUUAUGGAGCCUCUGUUCGAGUCCUAUAACGGCAUGGUGUCCACGGCCAGUAUGGAGGACCUGUGCCGCACCACCCUCAGCUGGCUGGAACAGCACUGCUCCCUGCCUGUUCUCAGACCCACCGUUCUGAGCUCACUCCGCCAGCUCAGUACCUCCACAUCCAUCCUCACAGACCCCACCCUGGUUCCUGAGCAGGCCACUCAAGCGGUCACUCUGGGGCAUGCCUCCCACAGUUACAACCAAUAGCAGCG